CGAGCGGGGUCGGGGGAGGGGGCAGCAUGGCCUGUCCGUCCGGCCCCCUUCGCCGCGCACCUCAUCUGCCCCGCGCCGAGCGCUGCCGCCGCCGCUGCCGCCGCUGCACUGCCCGCGCCGCCCGCGGCUCCCGAUGGAGACUGACGCGCCCCAGCCCGGCCUCGCCUCCCCGGACUCGCCGCACGACCCCUGCAAGAUGUUCAUCGGGGGACUCAGUUGGCAGACUACGCAGGAAGGGCUGCGCGAAUACUUCGGCCAGUUCGGGGAGGUGAAGGAGUGUCUGGUGAUGCGGGACCCCCUGACCAAGAGAUCCAGGGGUUUCGGCUUCGUCACUUUCAUGGACCAGGCGGGGGUGGAUAAAGUGCUGGCGCAAUCGCGGCACGAGCUCGACUCCAAAACAAUUGACCCCAAGGUGGCCUUUCCUCGGCGAGCACAGCCGAAGAUGGUGACUCGGACGAAGAAGAUCUUUGUGGGGGGGCUGUCGGUGAACACCACGGUGGAGGACGUGAAGCAGUAUUUUGAGCAGUUCGGGAAGGUGGAUGACGCCAUGCUGAUGUUCGACAAAACCACCAACCGGCACCGAGGGUUCGGAUUUGUCACGUUCGAGAGUGAAGACAUUGUGGAGAAAGUGUGUGAAAUCCAUUUCCAUGAAAUCAACAACAAAAUGGUGGAAUGUAAGAAAGCUCAGCCAAAAGAGGUGAUGUCCCCGACCGGCUCGGCCCGGGGGAGGUCUCGAGUCAUGCCCUACGGAAUGGACGCCUUCAUGCUAGGCAUUGGCAUGUUGGGUUACCCCGGUUUCCAAGCCACGACCUAUGCCAGCCGGAGUUACACAGGCCUUGCCCCUGGGUACACCUACCAGUUCCCUGAAUUCCGUGUAGAGCGGACCCCUCUCCCGAGCGCCCCAGUCCUUCCCGAGCUUACAGCCAUUCCUCUCACUGCUUACGGACCAAUGGCGGCAGCGGCAGCAGCGGCGGCUGUGGUUCGAGGGACAGGUUCGACUCCCAGCCGCACAGGGGGCUUCCUGGGGACCACCAGCCCCGGUCCCAUGGCUGAGCUCUAUGGGGCAGCCAACCAGGACUCAGGGGUCAGCAGUUACAUCAGCGCUGCCAGCCCCGCCCCCAGCACCGGCUUCGGCCACAGUCUUGGGGGCCCCUUGAUUGCCACAGCUUUCACCAAUGGGUACCACUGAAGCAGGAGACAGGUGGCAGGAGUGCCCUAGCCUGCAGCUGACUGAGGACCACAAGUGAGCCAGCGAGGGGGCGGGGACACCUCAGCCGCAGCCGCCGCCCCUUCUCCCUGCAGCGACUCGGACCGCUACUGCCCGCCCCCACUCCCGGGGCCCCCGGCCCCUGCCCUGCUGCCCCUGGACAACGUCUGGCUCCCCUACUAAUCUUCCCCCUUCCGCCUCUGCCCCUCCCUCACCUGCCCGCUUUUAUUUAUUUUGGAUUAGCCAGUUGCCCCCACCACCCCCUGGUUCUCCCCUCUUGGGUCUGCACGCCCCUCUCUGCCGCGCCCCGUAGGACCCACCCCAGAAGGCUUUUGUAUUUGUGCUUAGCUAGAGCGAGGGCGGAGGGGCCUGCCGCAGGCUGCAGCCCUAACCCGGGUUUUUUAUUCUGAUUUUCCCUCCUUUUCUCUUUUCCUUUUUUUUUUUUUUUUAAAGAAACUUUUUAAAGCUAUUUCUAGGUUUGUGAAUGUGAAGCCCCAGGCCGCAGGGGGCAAGGGGCCAGGCGCCGCCUCACCAGCUGAGAACAAAGCGUCUGUGUGGGUGUGGGCCCCUGGCCACCUCCCUCCGGCCCUGGAGAGGAGGACAGGGCUGCGUAGCCCAGGCCGAGCCCCUGGAACCAUCCCGUCCUGUAUCAUAUGUAAAUACUGUGAGGUGAAGCCCCGCCCUCUCCACGACUCCUUGGGGGCGAGGGCGUCGCCUGUCCCCACCAGGCAAAGGUCUCCCUCCCGCGUUUCUGUCCCCUCCUCAGACACCGUUACUGUAAGCUUGCAGGCCUCUUCCGUGGCCGAGGCAGGCCCGCUCUCUCAGGCCCUAGGGGUCAAGGCCUUGGGCCUGCUCACCCCGGAAACCCGGUGAAGGGGCAAGGGGCGAGGGAAGAGAAGGGCUCCCCCAGAGCCACUGCUGGAAAUGAAUUAACUCUCCAAAGGUCUCCCCUGGCCCACUGCCUAGGUCAGGCCUUCGUGGUUUCUGCUCUGAGCCCCCAUGAGUGGGCAUCGGGGCGCUCGGGAAGGGGUGGACCCCAGGGGAAAGCAACGGGCUUCUCAGGGAACCCCCACAUUCUCUCACUGAAGUAUCCCACCAAGAUGGUCCCAUGGCCAGAGCCCCUUGGCAGCCCCUUACCCCUAAGCCCCCUUCAAAGGAAAAAGAGGCUCAGGGUUUGACUUCCUGAACCGCGAGGGACCUGGCCGGUGUGGCAGGGCGGAAGCCCACCUGUCACCCCCUCUGUCUCUGUCCCCAGGUCUGAGGCUGGGGACCUAAGCUCCCUUCCCUAUCACAGUCCCAGUCCCCAUUCUUAAAACCCCCUUUGGAGAGUUAAUUGUCUGUGUGAGGUGCUUAACCUAUUAGCCCUGAGAACACAAAGCAAUAAUCUUUGUUACUGAGAUGCGCGGCUGUUCGUGUUCGUUUUUUUUUUUUUUUUAAUGUUUCCUAAUAAAAGAGAAGCUGCAUUUUAUUGGUUUUUAUUUUUAAUUUUCUACACAUUUGAGCCGAGUCAUGAGAGACUUAGCUUCCCCCUACUCCCUUCCUGUGAUUCCCCGCCCCCACCCCAUUGGGCCCGCCCCUGGGCGGGCUCAGGGCCUUGAAAUUCCGUUUUCUGAUUUGUUUGGGGAAUUUUUUUUAAAAAAGAUGUUACACGGUGUUUUGAAGCCAGCAAGUUACCACCCUCCGGUGUCUCUUCUCUCCACAUCUGUAACUUCUUUUUCCAGGUUUUAUUUUCCGUUUUA